ACUGGUGCACGAAUAGUUUUCCGGCCUAGUUGCUGCUGUAUAUACCGGCAGGAUCGCAAAGAUUAUCAUCUCCAGUCCAGUCUCAUCUGUUGCUCCGACUAGAGCACGGCCCUUCUGUCGAGUGAAUUUUGGUUUUGUUCUGCCGAGAGAGAGAAGAGAAAAGUGACCAACUAUUUGGGAAUUUGCUGUUGCCAAUCUGAUUGCGAACGACAUCAGGAAUAUAUCAAAUCUCAUCCGGCAAUAACCCAGCCAUCAGCCAAUCUCAAUUAAUACCAAACGGGAGCAGCGGCCAGCAGCAGCGAUCGUUGACGAUGGCGAUGAACGGGCCGACGAAUCACACCAGUGAUUCGUGGAACAUGUCGAGCGACGGCCGAGUUCGUCUCCACCGAAUCCAGCAGCUGGAGGACGAGAGGAAUGCCAUUGAAGAUUUCCUGGCCAUCCGGCCGGGCGACGAUCAGCCGGGAUCGCAUCGUGAGCGCUCCCCCACGCGCGUCGUCCCUAGUAACGGAUUCAGCAACCGCAAGCACCGAUCACUGUCCACUCCGAAGACGACAACAACACUAACCGGGUCGUCAAACAACAACAGCAGCCGCAAUCCGUCAGCUUCCGCCAAGCCCAAGAAGGCCAGGCGCUAUUUGGGCACGGCCAGCACGUCGCUCACGUCCAUCCCCAACGCCAUCAAGCUGUCGAUGCUCAACAGCGGUCUCCUCUCUGUCGCCGAAGAAGGAAACGCCAUGGCGGCCAUUGCCGAUAAACCGGUUGACGUGGCUAAUUUCGUCAAACAUUGCGAGCAGAGGAGGAAGUAUCCUGUCCUUCUUCGUGUCGAAUUUCAAACGGCGUGCAAAGUGGAAGGUCAUUCGACUCGACACGGAUCCAAGCCGGAAAACCGACCAAAGAACCAAAAUCAGAAAAUCAUUCCCUAUGACUACAACCGCGUUGUGCUCGACCUACAACCUGGAAUUCCAGACUCGGAUUACGUCAACGGUAGCUAUGUCGAUAGUAUACUCAAACCAAAUGCCUAUGUGGUGACUCAGGGACCCAACGAGAGGACCGUUUCCGAUUUUUGGCGUCUCGUCUGGCAAUCCAAUGCCAGUUGCAUCGUCAUGCUCACCAAGACUUUCGACUUUAUCAAAGUCAUGUGCGUGCAGUAUUGGCCGGCUUCCAAAGGCAAAGUGGAGGUCUACGACGGCAUCACCGUGAGCUACAAUCACGAAGAGCAGCUAGCGAAUUUCGUCAUCCGCAAUUUCAAAAUCACCAAAGAAGGACCCAAAGGGAAAGAGGAGAGGGCUUUGCUCCAGUUUCACUAUACGGAAUGGCACUCUCACACUUGCCCUUAUUCCAACAACAUCGUGGAAUUCCGGCGACGAGUGCGGGCCGCCCUGCUCACCACCACUUCCAUUACUCAUACCACAGGGCCCAUGAUCGUUCACUGCAAUGACGGAGGUGGCAGGUCUGGCGUGUUUAUGGCCAUCGACGCAAACAUGGAACUCGUCGAGGAAGACGGUCUCAUCGACAUUUUCGGCUACAUGAAGAAACUCCGACAGGCACGACGUGGCCUGGUGGAAACUUUGGAGCAAUUCAAAUUCAUUUACGACACGUUGGAGGAGAGCAUCACCUGCGGAUGGUCGUGGUUUCCCGUCUCCGAGUUGACGACUCGCCUCAAACAAAAGUCGAUCAAACAUCCAGUCACGAAACUCAACGAGUACCAGAAGGAAUACGCCCAAAUCUGUAAACUGACGCCGCGUUUCACCAUUGGCGAUUGCGCUGGAGGACAUCGGUCAGACAACCGACACAAAAAUCGCGAUGUUCUCAUCAUACCACCGGACAAUUUCCGGCCCUAUUUGACUUCCUUCCAGGGAAACAGUUUCACCGACUACAUCAACGCCGUCUUCAUUGACGGUUACACUCGUCCGCGUGAGUACAUCGUCACGGAAUGGCCCCUACCGCACACACUGGGCGAUCUUUGGUCUCUCGUUUACGACUACGAUUGCAGUGCUGUGGUCGUUCUCACAAGUCCGCCGCCCAGUUCGAGUUACCCGGCAUUUUGGCCCGACGGCCGUCGUUCCGUCAAGUACGGCCCGGUUUUCACAGUCGAUCACGUUUCCCACAAUCAUUACCCAAACAUCAAAAGUUGGAUCUUUCGGAUCAACAAAAAGGAUAUUGCACCUCAUCGACGAACAUUGGUGACUAUUGUUAACGAGACCAGAAAGAUGAUCAAACAUUAUAAUAGGGAUGAAAACCAGGAGAUUGUUUCACUGACAGAGUUGAUGGCCGGAGUGAAGGCAAUGCCAAAAACCUGUCAGUUGUUCCAGCUGAUGUGCUGGCCUGAGGGACACAAAGUCCCCACUUCCACCAAUGCCCUAGUCGAAUUAAUGAACAUGGUGGAGCGGUGGAGACAGCGCACUGAUUACGGGCCUGUAGUUGUUAUUUCCUCAGACGGGACAUCGCGCGUUGGAGUUUAUUUCGCUGCCAACGCUUGCAUCGAGCAAGUCAUUCAACACGGAGAAGUGGACGUUUUCCAGGCCGUCAAAAACGUCCGAAGACACCGACCCCAACUCGUUGAAAACUUGACGGAAUUCAAGUACUGCUAUGACCUUGUUCUUCACUACGUCCUUCACUACUUACACCGCGAUGGCUCCAAAAAGUGAAAGAUUCUAAAAUAAAAAAAACUUUGACAUCGUUGAGUGCGUCUCCACUCGUUACUUUAUAUACUGAAUCGGACACGCUGUGCAGUAUAAAUCAGCCACUCAAGUCUUCCUUACAUUUGAACGUUUUUUUUUUGGAUGAUUGUAAACUUUGAUUUUGAUACGAGAAAAUUCAAUAAAUAUAGAGCUCUAUUAUAUUAGGUUGUCGUGGAUACCUGUGAUCCUUGGCAACUUUGGAAUUGAAAAGUUCAUCUCCCGUACAAAGUAUAUCGCGGGAGAUUUUCUCCAAAACAUAUCUUUCGUUUUUCCCCCUUUGAUCUUAUAUGUGUGUUGCUCUCUAGAGGGUUUUAGUAUUUUUGUUGACAUGCGAUCGAUCAAUAAGUAGGGCGCCAACCAACCACAACCGUGGGGGCAGCCAAAAGAUCAAAAAUGACUCCGCCCUGAAAAGCUUUGUGAACAUUAGUAACCCGGUGACGUGAACGUUGAGGAAAAGACGGUGACACUAUCAUUGUUUGUAAUAUAUAUUUUGUAAACCUAUCACGAAAUGCAUGGGAUAUCAUAUUCAAUAAAUAGAGCUUAAUUAUU